UUUUCGUAACCCGGAAGGGGAAUAUUUUUCUGGCUAUUGUGUUGAUAUUUUCAAGCUGCUGCAGUUUCUGUGGCCAAGGGAACCGUCGGGGAAGGAUGGUGUGCGAAAAAUGUGAAAAGAAACUUGGUACUGUUAUCACUCCAGACACAUGGAAAGACGGUGCAAGGAAUACCACAGAAAGUGGUGGAAGAAAGCUGAAUGAAAAUAAAGCUUUAACUUCAAAAAAAGCAAGAUUCGAUCCAUAUGGAAAGAAUAAGUUCUCUACUUGCAGAAUUUGUAAAAGUUCUGUACAUCAGCCGGGUUCCCAUUACUGCCAGGGCUGUGCCUACAAAAAGGGCAUCUGUGCAAUGUGUGGAAAAAAGGUUUUGGAUACCAAAAACUACAAGCAAACAUCUGUGUAGAUGUGUCAAUGACGUUUCUGGCUUUCUAUGUGAUUUUACUUUUUGCUUUGAAUUUCCAAGGCAUAACAUAGAUGUUCAAGUUGAAAAUAACACAUUUUAAGACAGUUAAUAUUAAACCGUUGAUUACCUGA